AUCCUCCCGUUGCCAGGCUUCAGGUUCUCGGGGGAGAGGGCGGAGAGUUGGCCACAAACUGUGUAACACAAGCGACAGUGAGCAAACUAGAUCCGACAAACUGGGGAACUCAUUUUACCGAAACCUUAGAGACGAGGAGCGCACGGCUGGAGCGCGCCAGGAGCGGUGGCGUUGUCGGGAUGAGGCAGGCGUAACACGGGCGUAAAUAUUAAAGGGGGGGCCGGCCUGUUGCGCUCCUGCACCCAAGUGCGCGUCUUUCCCGGUAGAAGCGGCUUGGAGCUCCAAUGGCAGCCCGGCUGACUCGACAUAUGACCGGCACGGACCUGAGCAGGACCACCGCGGCCCGGGCUGCUGCUAUAGCUGAGCAGCUGCACUAUGAGUGCUCCAUUUUACUGGAACUUUAUCAAAAGAAGGAAAGUUUCGCUCCAGAUGUUUUGGCAUCGGACGGCCGCCUGGUGUCCGUCCCUCCUCCUUCCUCCCAGCUGGAAUCCAGGGACAAGCUCUGGCGCCUCCACUCCGCUCUGCUACAGUGUCGCAGCUUGCUGGAGAGAGCCAUCGCCAAAGAGGAAGAGGAGCUGGGUGGCGUGAAGAAGGCUGAUUAUGAGACCCAGAGGAAGUUGGUGAAGGACAGACUGUCGCUUCUCUUGAUCAACACCGGAGAACUCCUCAAAUCUGUUGACGGCACGGCGGUCCUGUCUCCCAGCGUGGAAGGAUUGGAGUUAGACGGUCCGACCUCCGUGUUUGAGAUGAAGGUGUGGGUGUACCGGAUCUUCAAAGAGGUGAACGACUGGACCAAGAUGGCCAUCACCACCUUGCAAGCAAUGCCCACGGUGAUAACCAAGGAGCGAGCGAGGACCGUUCGAGCCAGGGCCACGAGAAGCGCUCGGAGAUGAGAGAAGAAGUGUAUGUGUGGGUGAAGAGGAGGACUAAUGAGAAAGAAAAACAGUUAAGGAGAGAGGGGAAGACGUGGGUGAAGGGAUCUGAAGGAUGAGAAGAUGUUCAGACAGGGGCUAAUGUGAGAACAUGUCUGGAGAGCAAAAGAAAGAGAUGAGUGAAAAUAGCCAGCUGAGAGAGAGACAGAUCCCUACUGACAGAGAGAGAGAGAGAGAGAGACGAGUGGGUUGGGUUAUUUUUAGGGUAUGAAGCCCCCUUUACACAAACAGAGGCCUGAGACAGAGAGGGAGCAAGAGACAAUGAGCGUGUCUAUCAAGAAUAUUUGUUGGAACAAGUCUAACAUAUUUAUUGUUGACCUUGUAAGACGAAGUCCAACAAAGAUCUUUCUUUCUUUUGAGGAAAACAUAACAUGAUUAACAUCUACUCAAAAUGCAAAUGAAGAUGCUCCUUUGGGGUUUUUUUUAAAUAGUUUUUUAUACCUGCUAACAUCAAAUUCGUGCUUUUCCUCCUGCGUGUGCUCCUUUGACACAGCCGAAGAUAUAAUUUAAGACACACUGCCGGGAUCCACUGCAGCUGACGCAGGAAACAGUCGGCGAGGGGCACAUUCAGAUAAAAAUGAGGCCAUUUGAAUUCAUGCCGUCACCGGACUGUAGCUCUCAUAUGUGUAGUUUUGAACACGGUGGCUAUAAAUCAUUCCACGUAGGAUAUUAUCUGGGGAUCUGUGUGGCAGCACCCUCUAGUGUUUUUAUGGCGCCGUUACACAGAUGUUUUCUUUCUUGAUUUUCCUCGGUAAUGUCAAAUAUCGUCUGUUCUUAUAGUUUUAUUAUGUUUGCAGAGCACUUUAUUGACAAUCAAAUCGUGUAAAACCAUUUCACAUGUGUAGGUGUAACAUCAAUAGUCCAAACUGAUGGACAAACAAGUGGGCACAGGUGUAAACAUAGUGGGAGAAUUAAUGCAAACUUAUGGGAUCAUAUUUCUUAUUUGUCAACUGAUCUGGAUUUUAAUGUUCAAAAUAACUGAAAAACUGCAUUUUUUUUUUUUUUUACUUCAAACCAUGACAAGACAUUGAAACAUGUGUCUCGGUUCAGUCAGUUGAAAGUCCUUUAUCCAUUCAACGGUCAAUCAGCAUGUUGUCAGGAAAUUAACUUGCUGUAGAUGUAACUAUGUCUGCCUAAACUGGGCUGUGUUACUAAUUAAAUUAGCGUUGGUCACAGACUUAUUAAUGAUGCAUGAAGCUUUGGGGUAAGAAAAAGAAAACUGUAAAUGGGAUCCUACACGUUGAAGACGCUGUCUAAAUAACCAAUAAGAUCUGCGAUAACAUAGAGGAUGAAGCAGAAAGGGGACUUUGAAAGAGGUCUACUUUAAUAUACAUAACUUUAUUCCAUUCGAAGCUUCGGAUUAGCUCAUAUUUGCUCUGUUACAUGCUGUAUUUCGUAUUUGUAGGUUGAUAAGCUGUUGGUAGGUGCACUGGGAGUAUAAACUGUGGGAGACGUGGGAGACACAGGGUACUCCAAACUGUUUUCAGGCUUCUGAAAACUGAAUGUUGUUGCUGGAAGGCAACAUAAAUACCUUUUGGUAGUUUGAUCUGGAAUGAUUAAUUUCAAAGACCCUAAGAAAGUAGGAGCUACUGUGCAAAAAAAAAAAAAAAAGUAAUUCACUCCAUCUGUUGUGCACUAAAUGAAAAAUGAAAAUACAUCCUCCAAAAUCUCUAAUAGCGCUUCUGUGUGCAGCACUUUCAAUGUGAUGUACCGUAAAAGCGCUGCAUGUAUUGUAUUCGCUCUUCUGCGUAUGGAUCGAGGAUGUAUUAUCUCUUCUCGUGCUCUUUUUCAUCUCCUCUGAUGAUGAGCAUUAAUCUUUUUCUGGUCUUCUCUGUUUUGAUUUGCUGGUCUGGUUUGGCCGCAGACCAGGUGUGGUCAGAGACUACAGAGGUUAGGCCGGGUUUGACCAGAAAUAACACACGCAGGUGUGUUGCUACAGGAGACGGUGAAGUAUGAAGCUGGAAGUGAGUUUAAAGGCUGAUCGGACACAAAAACAUCACAUGGUAAUGGUGUGUGGCAGCGUGUUACUGGAAGAAGUUAUUUUAUUCUCCGUUAUGACAAUUGCAAGGUAAAUAUAGUUGCACUUACCUGGUGCAACGUGUUCCACACCAGUAAUGGGACUACUGGGCCAAUGCAUGAAUGAGGCUGCACACAGUGCUAUUGUUGGUCUGAAUGCAGCUUCAGAGCCUCUGCAUUAAGCUUUAUGGGACGUCUGAGUUGUCGCAGGUUCCAGUGGCUUCAUAUUAUAGCCCUCCGAUCUUCUGUAUGUGCCACGCAUAUCAUUUGUCAGUCGUGGAUUGACCUACACGGGACUCCUGCUGAUUACAGGAAGCGCGGCAUAGUGGUUACAUUCCCAGCAGACAAAGUGUUUGUUUGUGCUCUCAUUGAUUAUUUGUCCAAGUAUUUUUUGGUACUUGUUUACUGUGUGUGUGUGUGUAGCUUGUUCCUCCACUAGGUGCCCUUUCUUUUGACCUCUGGUGCAGAGAGAGAGUUAGCCGUAGACGAACGGGUCAAAGCACAAAGAGAGGAUUGGGUUACCAUCGCAUCUGUCUAUAAGCGGCGAUCAUACUGGAAGAAACGGCCACACAAGUUGGGGACAGUGGUGGGAUUUUUAUUUUUUUUACCAUGGAGAAUUUAUGAUUUAUCAACCAAGUGUCUGGACUGUCGUCGUUGUUGUUUAUGUUCUGGAGUUUAUGGUCGAGCAGCAAUAAUCCCCCGUCCUGCUAACGUGGCUUUAUCUGCACAACGACUGUCAAGAGACGAGACGCCGAGGUUAGAUUUAAUCUCUGGGCUUACAAAUAACUUCUGUAUUUCUCCACAUCUCUGUGGUCCAAAGAUCUCAAGUUAAAUCUGCCUUGCUGCAAGCAACGGCCGCUUGAUAUUUGGCAUCUGGGAUGCGAUAGACGACAUGCAAGAGCUGCAAUUAACAGCUCUUUUAAUCCUUUCUUUAUUAAUUGAUUCAUUGAUUGAUUGUUCUAGCUAUGAAAUGUAAUUUCCCAGAGCCCAAGUUGACGAUUAAUUUGUCAGUUUUGUUCAACUAAUGGUCCAAGAUUUUGACUUAAAGGUUCAGUGUGUAGGAUUUAGAGACAUCUAGUGGUAUAUUUGCUGAUUGCCUCACCGUCGUUUUCCAAAUGUUUGGAAAAAAGUGAAAGGCCCUAGACAGAGCCUUCGUUUAUUUUGUCCUUUCUGGGUUUGAGGUCCCUAUACAUCUGACACACUGGACCUUUAAGUUAAUUUUCUGCAGACCCCCUUUAAUUGGGUUUACUUUAGCCUGCUGCUGCUAACCAGUUGUCGUUAUCAGUGUGGAGAGACAGUUCUCUAAUUUCUUUGGACCGACGUCCAGCCAGUAGCAGACAUCUCUGUACCGGGUCAAAUCUGCUGCUUCAAAACGUCCUCUGUGAUCAAAGCUCGCCGCUCUGAGCUUCGUUCUCGACUCUCUUGUGAUUGGUGUGCACACUAUACUCAAAACUCUCACAUGUAAGAACACUGUAAUCUUGACUUUGCCUUCAGUGGCUUUCGUUCAGAGUUGAGUCGAUGUGGAAGAAAAAUUGAUACAAAAAUUUUUGUCUUGCGACAGGAUUCGGUCGCUUUUUACACCAACAUGUAAAAGCAGGAGAGGAUUUAGACGUUAUUUUAUGUUUGCAAGGGCAGAACUGGAGCCUCAGUUUGAUUUUAACGUAUAACACGCGUUUCUUACUCUUUACUUCACAGCUUUUAUUCGAGGACAGACUGUUACCUAUCAUGAACGUACACAAAUAUGAAAUGUAUUUUCAUGGGGAGAGUAUCAGUCGAGUUGUGAAUGUGACACAUGAGCGUUGGACUGUGUUUUAUGUUUGUCUGAAACUUUUGGUGUAAAAACGUAUUUAUUAUUGACUGUGAGUGGGUUGAAAUAAAUUGAUCUUGGCUUUAAUUUGA